GAAAACAAAUAUGGCGGACAAGACCGUAUUUGUGAAUCGAUCGAGGUUAUAGUGUCUCGGUGCGGCAACUAUUGUCUGUCGUAACACCUUAUCAGAUGUCUUAUCAAGGUGUGGAAAGUGCAACGUGACAACGAGCGAACGCAUGUUCGCAAGAUAUGACGUUAAUAUGUUAAAAUUAUGAGUACGUUUGAGUGGACGCGAGGACAGAGGCGAAAAUGGCGAAGAUACAGUGGUCCUUGGCGAAGGCGCCAAGUGUUCUUAAGGUUAGUUUAAAACAGAGAUGGUGGCGACUUCAAAUCAUCUUCAAAUCCCUGUUCUACAAUGACUUCUUGAAUUGGAGUUACGCCUGUGAUAUACUUAUGGAACCUAUGUUCUGGUUUGUGGAGAACUUCACGUCCUUUUUGGGUCCGGUGUUCGUGGUGAUGGUGGGCCUGCUGACCGUCAGCAUUGUGUACAUUGCAUACUACGUGGGCCUACCUUGGUGGUGGGAACGGAGUCCAUUGAUGACGAUAAUCUUAUUGAUAGUUGGAAAUUGGCUGCUGGUUAAUGUCUGCUUUCAUUACUAUAUGGGCGUGGCUGUGCCGGCGGGUAAUCCACCGCAGGGAGGUCUUAUCCCAGAGGCUGUAAGCAUCUGCAAGAAGUGCAUCAAACCAAAGCCGCCCAGAACACAUCACUGUUCUGUCUGCAACCAGUGUAUCCUCAAGAUGGAUCAUCAUUGUCGUAUCCUUGCAUAUUUCAUGGAUCAGUUUUAUAUAUCCACAUAUUUUUUAUCAGUUAUUAUCUUUCAUCGUAAAUUAAUUAGUGCCUUUGAAAAUUUUCUGCAGCAUCCUGUAAUAAAUGUCUUCCUUAAUCAAUGUGCAGCAUGGUUAAACAAUUGUGUCGGUCACUACAAUCAUCGGCAUUUUUUUCUGUACAUGGUUUACACCGUAGUUGGCGUGACGUUCAUCAUGGUAUUCGGUGUGCGACUCGCCUACGAGGAAUUCUUCCCCGAUCAGGAACCAGAAUUGGAUGGCCAUCCAGUGCGCCUUAAUAAUUCGGAAAUAAUUCCAAUGACGGAAUCGCUGGAGCACUUAAGCAAGGAAGAAUUGGCAGAGAUAGCAAGACAGGCAGCAGAAACCGAGGCCAAAGAAUGGCGACAAAGACUGAUAAUUUUCGCGGGUCUGCUCUGUGUCGCUACAUUUGCGGCGCUGGGAGCUCUAUCCUGGUGGCACGCGGGUCUCAUCACUCGAGGAGAGACCAGCAUCGAGGCGCACAUCAAUCGCGCGGAAUCCAAAAAGUAUCGAGCCCAGAAUAAGUUCUAUCAAAAUCCUUAUGACUUCGGGCCGAGAGAGAACUGGAGAUUGUUUUUAGGAACAAAAAACAGAAACUGGUGGCAUAUCUUAUUUCCAUCAAUCCAUGGCCCUUACGGCGACGGGCUUACGUGGCGGACUAUUCACGAUACGAAAAUCUCUUGAUUUCUGAAGUUCGAAGUAUCAACGUUAGUCCCACAUUUUAUAUUUUUUCCAUUCCUUCUUGCAAUUUCUCUAUUCUUCGUUCCAAUAUUCUAGUCAGAAUUACAGACUGUUCAACUACAUUAUCAUAAUUAAUCGUCUAAUUAAUUCUCUCGGUAGGCAAUAAUUAGAGCAAGCAGACUUUUCUGAAAAUGACAAAUUAUUUUUGGUAAAUGAACAUUAUGUUACAAAAUGAGUAGAGAAAAUUUACAAAUGCCAUAAACUUCUCAGUGUUCAAUUAAUUUGACUGACUAGUUGUUUGAUAACUACCUGAUGACUAAUUAUGUAAGAUUUAAUUUAGUCAAAUACAAUUUAAUAAAAGGUUUUUUUACCUUUUCUAAAAGUCGAA